ACUGUGUAUGAUCAUUUUUUGUAAUGGCUCCAUGAAUUCUCAGUUUCCUCUAAGAAGAGGGCCUUCCACAAGGCAUGCUGUUUCAAAGAAACAACAGGAAGUUCAAAAGUGCUACCAAAAGGAAGAAGAUGUUUUGCCAGCAGUUUGUUUAAUGAAAUACUUUCUCAUCAGAAAAAACUGGCAGAAAAUCACAGAAUCCGUGUGACCUAACUGGGUUAGAUAAAUGCUUCCCGCAGAUUUAUUUGCUGAUCCACAUUGUGGCUGCAUGUGUUGGAUUCCCCUCUAUAACUACUAAUGCAUGCAAUGUUAUUUUAAAAGGUUUGCUUCAAUAGCAUAAUGCAAGUCAAUGUUCACCCUUUUUCAAACUUAAAAAAAAGAUCUGAUAUAAUUUUACAGGAGACAAGGCAGAGACAACAUUCUCACCAUGUGCUCAUAAGCUAAUGCGUUUGGUUGAAGCCAAAGGCGGACAUGUGGUGAUAGAAAAUAGUUCAUUUGGUAUGGUGGCAUUCUUAAAAUCUUGUGAUGUGCCUACAUUUGCCAAGUGUCAUCAAUGUAAUUUUUACAAAGAGCAGCAUGACAUAGACUGUACAAAACUAAUAAUAAGUAACUAAUACCCUGUCUAGGACAUAAAAUAGCAUAAACAAGUAUGUGACCACAGCAUGCUAUGAUGGCUCCAGUUCAGUGCUUGUGGCUCUUUUGGAGCAGUGUUGCAUUUUCUGGUUCUGAAACCCUGCUAUCUGCCCAGGUUUGCGUUCUGUCAAGUGCAUGGAGAAAUUAAUUGCAACAGAAUUCCACAAGUAAUGCCCAUGCUGAUGAAAUUCUCAAGAAAAUAGCCAUGGGAGCUUCUCUUUAUCCCUUUAUCACGGAGGAAAUGAAAUAAUAAUCACUGAGAAUGAGGAGGUGGGAUUGAAUGAAUGAAUUGAAGGUGAAUGCAGCGCUCCAGACAAAUAAAUAACCAAAACACCAGACAGUAUUUAUCCGCAAGAUGCUUUCAAAACAAUACAAAUGUUAUCGCAACACUGCCAAUCUGACAGCACUGACAGGGGGAGCAGACCAAAAGUCGAAUGCGAGACGCAUGCAUACGUGUUACCUCAAGCGCAAUGAACAAAUAAAAUGUGACUUUGUGUAAAUGUUGUUUAAGAACAUAUUGGCGUUCCUGUACUUUCAGAUUAAGGACUACACCGCUGGUUCGGAAGCCCAGGUUUACUAUGCAGCUGAUGUCUCUAUCGGCACAUGACGCACUUAUGUCAAAGCAUAUGAGGCUUUUUGUGUACUGUUGCUAAGAUAACACGUUGAGCGUGUAUACACAAAGCCCCGGGAACAGAUGCAGGCAAAUCAUUUACGCGUUUAAAAUUGAAGUUACUACAGAGUAAACGCUGACAUUUACAACUAUUGCCCCAGGAAAUACCACGAGCCUUGAACGUUUAAAAAAAAAAAAAAAAAAAAAGAUGGCCGAAGUGGAAUCUACAGACAACAUCCUCAUUACAGAAACCCCAGACCAGUGUAAAGACUCUUACUUUACCUACGAGGACCCAUUUGAGCGCUCAGUAAAGUACAUGGAGAAACACAACAUUCUUUACAUCUUCCAGGAGAUUACAGAAAACUUGGUGUAUGCAAGACCUGAAGAACCUCUUCAGUUCAUGUUAGAGCAGGUGCAAACUAUGAUCAAGAAUAAGAAGGAAACCAAUUAAAGCAUUUAAUUUAAUUGCAUGGAAGGACUUACCGUAGCCACAUCAUGAACAGGCACCAGGCGCAUAGUCGAAGAUAAGAACAACAAUUUGUUUUUAUUUAGUAAUCACAGUUAAGCUAGAAUUGCAUCAAUAAUGUUAUUCAGGGUCCUGAUUUCCGUUGAUAAUAUACAAAUAUAACAAAACAUGAAAAGAACAUUUUAGUCCUUUUUUUGUUUUUAAAACAAACCAACCUGUACAAUCUCAAUAGCUAAACUGAGUGUGUGUAUUUCUGGGAAAAUAAAGUAUUGCUUCUUUUGCUACCAAAAUUUAACAUGUGGAUUUCAGAAAUGUAAAAUGUGUAAAAUAAAAUUAUACAAACAUACUGUACGCAAAAUUACCAUUUGCAGAAGUCAAGAAGGAUGCCUGUCAAUCACCCUUUUAUACAUGCCAGUUAUGUAAAAGCCCUAAUGCAUUUAGUACUUUAUGCGUGCCAAUUAUGUUAAAGCCCUGAUGUAUUUAGUAUUUUAUUUCUGCCAGUUAUGUAAAAGCCCUGAUGUAUUUAGCUCAGAAUAUAGAUUUAGAAUUAUACAGUAUAUUGGUGGAUUUAGUUCAAUAAACAGCAUGUUUAACCUGCA